AUGCUGCUGUUGCGAAAGCUGGCAGCUGUUCUGCCUCUCCUAGCAGUUCACUGCUCAGCGCAGUCUUUUGUCGUUUCUGGCGGUCAAAUCUUUACACCAGGUUUCGCCGUCGUGAAUGCCCCACAACCAGGGACACCGUUGGGUGGAGAAACCCUUCACAUCUCCCUCGAUGUUACCGCCAAUGGCAAGCUAAACCUGCCGCCAUAUGUCGACGUAAGCCCAAGCUUAAUACACAAUAUCACCAUCUUCCUCUAUAGCUACAAUACCGGAAGGAACUUUACCGUGUCGAAUCUCACCGAGGCCGUGGACGGCGAUAUCAUGGCCCAGGAACCUGGCAGCACUGUCAAGCACAUCAAUUGGUUAUGGCCCGACUGUCUCGUGGGGGAUGGUCAGCCCAAGGACGCGGAUAGUGACCGAGGCGUUUAUAAUAUUUCUAUCCGGCAAUCUUUCCGACUAAAUGACGCAGAACAUUACACAAUUCUCGACCUGCCCAUCGCCGUGACAAACCGUAUCAGCGAGAUGGACGCCCGGCCGUCCUGCGACCAGGUCAACAACAACAUGAUGGCACCCGAAGAUAUCGACAUGUCCUCCACGCAGGCCGUCGGCGUCCUCUUCGCUCCCGGCGACACCACAGCGGUCGAGGUUAUUCUCCCGGACGAGUUCGACGGCGAAAACGGCCUCGGCGGACAGAAGCCCGAGGCGACGCCGGAGGAUGGAAUCGGCGGUGCUGCCUCGCUGGACUGGCGGGGCGGGGCCCACUGGCUCUGUCUCGUCACUGUUGCUGGUGCCUUCUUGUGGUAA